UUACAUGUUACUACCAGCAAAGCGGUGAACUGGGAACUAGAGAAACGCGUCCACCUUUAUCACACGCUCCUUGUACGGUAACGGUGGCUGUCACGGGGAACAAAGGCGUGCUUUGAGCACGUUGUUACCUGGACGCAGAGAUGCUCGCGGACAUCUAAAGAACGCAGACACAGGAGCUUCUGCGCCAGGAUGAGCACAGUUUGAGUCAUGCGUUCAAAUAAUCCUUAAGCGUGUGUGGCUGGAGGAGGCUUUGGCUUUUCUCAAGGUUCUUUGCGACAGUGUGCGACUUCCCGUGAUCACCGCUCGUUUUAUUGAGCGGCGCAGGGCAGAAAAAGAGAAGGCUCGCGCACAGACUGCAGGGGUCUGCAGGACUGCACCUUGGCAGGAGCAGGGCUUCCUCGCGCUGGUCUCUUCAUUUUGUGGUGUUUUAUUUUAAGUUAUUGACUGAAAGCAAGAAAACAUGUUGCGUUUGAUAGCGGACGUGAUGUUUGUCGGAGUCCUCUUUCUGGGGUUUUUGCAGAGUAUAGAGGUGAUCCUUCCUGCGAGGGCUAUCGACGUGCUGAAGACAUGUAGCCCUAAGCAGUUUGUAUGUAAGGACCAGGUGACGUGCAUCUCUAAAGGCUGGCGGUGUGAUGGAGAGAAAGACUGUCCUGAUGGAUCUGAUGAGGCCCCAGAUGUCUGCCCUCACAGUCGAGCAUCACGCUGUCCACCCAACGAACACCUGUGCCAGGGCACUGAACUGUGCAUCACUGCGAACAGACUGUGCAACGGUGUCUCUGACUGCCCGGACGGUGGUGACGAGGGUGCACACUGCAGAGAAUUGAUUUCAAACUGUAGUAUUGCUGGUUGCCAGGACAACUGUGCUGUCACACGGAUGGGUCCCUUAUGUUACUGCAAGAGUGGCUAUGAGAUCAGCCAGGAUGGAAAAACUUGUAAAGAUUUUGAUGAGUGCACAGUGUAUGGGACCUGCAGUCAGACAUGUACAAACACAAACGGGUCGUACUUCUGUUCCUGUGUGGAGGGAUACCUAGCCCAGCCAGACAACCGCUCCUGCAAGGCCAAGAACGUGCCUGUGGAGCGCCUACCCGUCCUGCUCAUUGCCAACUCCCAGACCAUCCAGGCCACAUCUCUGAGUGGUGCCAGCAGCAGUCUGCUCUACACCAGCACCAAGCAGACCACAGCCAUGGACUUCCUCUACGCCCAGGAGACAGUCUGCUGGAUUCAUGUGGGCGAAACACCUGCCGGCACCCAGCUCAAGUGCUCCAAGAUUCCUGGCCUGAAGAGCUUUGCAGAUGAAAGGGUCAUCAACAUCUCCCUGAGCCUGCACCACGUGGAGCAGAUGGCUAUAGACUGGCUUACAGGAAACUUCUACUUUGUUGACGAUGUGGACGACCGCAUCUUUGUGUGUGAUAAGGAUGGCAUUACAUGUGUGACCCUGCUGGACCAAGAGCUCUACAACCCUAAAGGCAUCGCACUGGACCCCACCAUGGGGAAGGUGUUCUUCACAGACUAUGGUCAGAUCCCCAAGGUGGAACGUUGUGACAUGGAUGGACAGAAUCGGACGAAGCUGGUUGAUAGUAAGAUCGUUUUCCCUCAUGGCAUCACGCUGGACCUGGUCAGCAGGCUGGUGUAUUGGGCUGACGCCUACCUGGACUACAUCGAGGUCGUGGACUAUGAGGGCAAGAGCAGGCACACCAUCAUACAAGGCCUCCUGAUUGAGCACCUUUAUGGACUGACGGUGUUUGAGAACUAUCUGUACGCCACCAACUCAGACAAUGCCAACAUGCAACCAAAGACCAGUGUGAUUCGGGUCAACCGGUUUAACAGCUCAGACUACCAAGUGGUGACCCGCGUGGACAAGGGGGGGGCGUUGCACGUGUACCACCAGAGACGACAGCCUCCAGUGCGGAGCCACGCCUGCGAGCCCGAUCAGUUUGGCAAAGGCGGAGGCUGCUCUGAUAUCUGCCUGCUGGGCACCAGCCACAAGAGCCGAACGUGCCGCUGCCGCUCUGGUUUCAGCUUGGGCAAUGACGGCAAAUCCUGCAAGAAACCUGAACAUGAGCUGUUUCUGGUGUAUGGUAAGGGACGCCCUGGGGUGGUCAGAGGGAUGGACAUCAAUCCCAAAGUCCAAGAUGAGUACAUGAUCCCCAUAGAAAACCUGAUGAAUCCUCGCGCGCUGGACUUCCAUGCACAGAGCAACUUCAUCUACUUUGCUGAUGCCACCAGCUACUUGAUUGGCCGACAGAAGAUUGAUGGCACAGAACGGGACACAAUCCUGAAAGAAGGUAUUCACACGGUGGAGGGGAUCGCUGUCGACUGGAUGGCUAACAACUUGUACUGGACUGACGAUGGCCCUAAAAAGACCAUCAGUGUGGCCAGGCUGGAGAAAGCUGCACAGACUCGGAAAACUCUCAUUGAGGGCAAAAUGACCCACCCACGUGCCAUCGUAGUAGAUCCGAGAAACGGCUGGAUGUAUUGGACAGACUGGGAAGAAGACCCAAAGGAAAGCAAGAGGGGGAAAAUUGAGAAGGCCUGGAUGGAUGGAACCAACCGGAGCAUCCUCUUGACCUCAAAGAUGAUGUUGUGGCCCAACGGUCUGAGUUUGGACAUCCCUCAGGGUGUUCUCUACUGGGUCGAUGCUUACUAUGACCGCAUCGAGAUGGUCUAUCUCAACAACACAGAACGCAAGACAGUUUACGAGGGUCAGGAGCUGAGCCAUGCUUUCGGCCUGUGCCAUUACAAGCACUUCCUGUUUUGGAACGAGUACCGCAGUGGCAGUAUCUACAAGCUGGAUCAGGAGAGUAAAGUCGUUACUCUUCUGCGCAGCGAGCGCCCGCCCAUCUUCGAGAUCCGCAUGUACGAUGCGCAACAGCAGCAAGGCAGUAACGCAUGUCGUGCGAACAACGGUGGCUGCAGCAGUCUGUGUCUGGCCACACCGGAGGGGAGAUCAUGUGCCUGUGCUGAGGAUCAGCUACUGGACCCAACGGACAACACCAGCUGUAAAGCGAACCCCUCCUACAUCCCCCCUCCUCAGUGCCAGCCUGGUGAGUUUGCCUGCAAAAACAAUCGCUGCAUCCAGGACCGCUGGAAAUGUGACGGAGACAACGACUGUCUGGACAACAGUGAUGAGACUGUGGAGCUCUGCCAUCAGCACACAUGUCCUGCUGAUCGCUUUAAGUGUCAGAACAACCGUUGUAUUCCCAUGCGCUGGCUGUGUGAUGGAGACAACGACUGUGGCAAUGACGAGGAUGAGUCCAACACCACCUGCUCAGCACGGACGUGUCCUCCGAACCAGUACUCGUGUGCAAGUGGCCGGUGUAUCCCCAUCUCAUGGACAUGUGACCUGGAUGACGACUGCGGGGACCGCUCCGAUGAACCUGCCUCCUGCGCCUAUCCUACCUGCUUCCCUCUCACCCAGUUCACCUGCAGCAACGGCCGCUGCAUCAACAUCAAUUGGCGCUGUGACAACGACAACGACUGCGGCGACAGCAGUGACGAGGCCGGCUGCAGUCACUCCUGUUCCAGCGCGCAGUUCAAGUGCAACAGUGGCCGCUGCGUCCCCGACUACUGGAAGUGCGACGGGGACAAUGACUGUGGCGACUACAGUGAUGAGAACAAUGCUAACUGCACCAAUCACACAACCCGGCCUCCUGGCGGUUGCCACGCCGACGAGUUCCAGUGCCGCAUGGAUGGUCUGUGCAUCCCUCUUCGAUGGCACUGUGAUGGUGACACCGACUGCAUGGACCUGAGUGAUGAGAAGCACUGUGAGGGGGUCACGCACAUGUGUGACCCCGCUGUCAAGUUUGGCUGCCGUGAUUCUGCACGCUGCAUCAGUAAGGCAUGGGUGUGUGAUGGAGACAGCGACUGUGAGGACAACUCUGACGAGGACAAUUGCGAGACGCUGGUGUGCAAGCUGUCUCAUCACGUGUGCGCCAAUGACACAACUGUCUGUCUGUCCACUGAGAAGCUGUGCGACGGCAAGGACGACUGUCCUGAUGGCUCUGACGAAAAGCUGUGUGACCUCUGCUCCAUGGACAACGGUGGCUGCAGCCACAACUGCACAGUGGCUCCAGGUGAGGGCAUCGUGUGCUCAUGCCCGCUUGGCAUGGAGCUGGGUGCCGACAACAAGACAUGCCAGAUCCAGGGCUUCUGCGCCAAGCACCUGAAGUGCAGCCAGCGCUGUGAGCAGGACAAGUUCAAUGUGAAGUGCUCAUGCUAUGAGGGCUGGAUGCUGGAGCCAGACAUGGAGAGAUGCAGGAGCACAGAUCCGUUCAAGCCGUUCAUCAUUUUCUCGAACCGCCAUGAGAUUCGCCGCAUUGACCUGCACCGGGGCGAGUUCAGCGUGCUAGUACCUGGCCUACGCAACACCAUCGCACUUGACUUUCAUCUCAACGAGAGCGCCCUCUACUGGACCGAUGUGGUUGAGGACAAGAUCUAUCGCGGGAAGCUGUCCGACAGUGGUGCUCUGACCAGCUUCGACGUGGUGAUCCAGUACGGCUGGCCCACGCCUGAGGGACUGGCUGUGGACUGGAUCGCUGGGAACAUCUACUGGGUGGAGAGCAACCUGGACCAGAUCGAGGUGGCCAAGCUGGACGGCCGCAUGCGCACCACGCUGUUAGCUGGAGAUGUGGAGCACCCCCGAGCCAUCGCCCUCGACCCCAGGGAGGGAAUCCUGUUCUGGACGGACUGGGAUGCCAGCAUGCCACGGAUCGAGGCUGCUUCCAUGAGCGGCGUGGGCCGCCGGACCAUCCACAAAGAGACGGGGAGCGGGGGCUGGCCCAAUGGCCUGACUGUCGACUACCUGGAGCUCCGUAUUCUCUGGAUUGAUGCCAGAUCUGAUGCGAUCUAUUCUGCCAAGUAUGAUGGUUCCGGCCUGAUUGAGGUUCUUCGAGGACAUGAAUACCUGUCACACCCGUUUGCUGUCACAGUGUAUGGGGGAGAGGUUUACUGGACGGACUGGCGUACAAACACUCUUGCGAAAGCCAACAAGUGGACUGGGAAUAAUGUGACUGUGGUACAAAGGACCAAUACACAGCCAUUUGACCUCCAGGUUUACCACCCAUCAAGACAACCACAAGCCCCUAACCCCUGUGCAGCUAACGGUGGCCUGGGUCCAUGUUCACACCUCUGUCUGAUCAACUAUAAUCAGACUUUCUCCUGUGCCUGCCCCCAUUUGAUGAGACUGAAUUCAGACAACCUCACCUGCUACGAGUCUCGUCAGUUCCUGCUGUACGCUCGUCAGAUCGAGAUCCGUGGGGUGGACAUACACAACCCCUACUACAACUACAUUAUCUCCUUCACGGUGCCUGAUAUUGACAAUGUGACGGUGGUGGACUACGAUGCGCUGGAGCACAGAAUCUACUGGUCUGACGUCCGCACGCAGACCAUCAAAAGGGCGUUUGUGAACGGCACAGGCAUUGAGACUGUUGUCUCCGCUGAUCUUCCAAAUGUUCACGGUCUGGCAGUGGACUGGGUGUCUCGGAACCUGUUUUGGACCAGUUAUGACACCAAUAAGAAACAAAUCAAUGUGGCCAGACUGGACGGCUCCUUUAAAAAUGCUGCCAUUCAGGGCCUGGACAAGCCUCACUGCCUCGUAGUGCAUCCAGUCCUGGGAAAGCUGUACUGGACAGAUGGGGACAACAUUAGUAUGGCCAACACAGACGGAAGUAAUAGGACUGUUCUGUUCACCAGUCAGAAAGGACCAGUGGGCUUGUCCUUAGACUUUGACGAGGGCCACCUGUACUGGGUCAGCUCUGGUAACAGCACCAUCAGCCGCUGCAGCCUGGACGGCACCGCCCUGGAGGUGCUGGAGGGCGUCAGAGGCAAACUGGGCAAGGCCUCUGCUCUGGCUGUAAUGGGUGACAAGCUGUGGUGGGCGGACCAGGGGACAGAUCAAAUUGGCAUAUGCGAUAAGAAGGAUGGCAGCAACUGGAGAGUUCUGCGGAAUAACACCUCACCCAUAAUGCACCUGAAGGUCUACAAUGAGACUGUACAGACAGGUUCCAACAUGUGCAGUGAUAAUAAUGGAGACUGUUCUCAGCUCUGUCUGCCGACAUCUCCCUCCACUCGGGCCUGCAUGUGUACUGCUGGAUAUAGCCUGAGGAGCGGAGAACAGUCCUGUGAAGGGGUGGGCUCCUUCCUGCUCUACUCUGUACACGAGGGCAUUCGGGGCAUCCCACUGGACCCUGCGGACAAGUCUGAUGCGUUGGUGCCAGUCUCAGGCUCCUCUCUGGCAGUUGGUAUCGAUUUCCAUGCUGAAAAUGACACUAUCUACUGGGUGGACAUGGGACUCAGUACUAUCAGCAGGGCGAAGAGAGACCAGACCUGGAGAGAGGAUGUCGUCACCAAUGGAAUAGGCAGAGUCGAGGGCAUUGCAGUGGACUGGAUUGCAGGGAACAUAUACUGGACAGACCAGGGCUUUUGAUGUAUCGAAGUCGCCAGGCUGAACGGCUCGUUUCGUUACGUGGUCAUUUCCUACGGUGGACAAACCCGAGCCAUCGCUAUCCACCCAGAGAGAGGGUAUCUGUUUUGGACAGAGUGGGGUCAGUACCCGCGUAUUGAGAGGUCUCGUCUAGAUGGUAGUGAGAGGGAAGUCUUGGUCAAUGUCAGCAUUAGUUGGCCCAAUGGCAUUUCCAUUGACUAUGAGGAUGGUCUACUGUACUGGUGCGAUGCACGUACUGACAAAAUCGAGCGCAUUAACUUGGAGACUGGGGAGAACCGGGAGCUGGUCCUGGCCAGUAACAACAUGGACAUGUUCUCCGUCUCUGUGUUUGAGAGCUAUAUCUACUGGAGCGAUCGCACCCAUUCUAAUGGCUCUAUAAAGAGAGGGAGUAAGCACAAUGCCACAGACUCUGUUACACUACGAACAGGCCUUGGAGUGCAGCUCAAAGACAUCAAGGUCUUCAACCGCGCCCGGCAGCAGGGAUCGAACGUAUGCAAGGGCAAUAAUGGUGGCUGCCAGCAGCUGUGCCUUUACCGUGGCAACGGGCGGCGCACGUGCGCAUGUGCCCAUGGUAUGCUGGCUGCUGACGGCCGGGGUUGCCGUGACUAUGAUGGGUACCUGCUCUACUCGGAGCGCACAAUCCUGAAGAGUGUGCACCUGUCAGACGAGAGCAACCUGAAUGCGCCUGUUAAGCCGUUUGAAGAUCCCGAGCACAUGAAGAACGUGAUUGCACUGACCUUUGACCAUCGUGGGGAAGGAGGGACCAAGCGCAUCUUCUACAGUGACAUCCACGUUGGAACCAUCCAGCAGAUCAAUGAUGACGGUUCGGAACGGAGAACAGUGGUGGACAAUGUUGGCUCUGUGGAAGGCCUGGCAUAUCACAGGGGCUGGGACACACUCUACUGGACGAGCUACACGACCUCCACCAUCUCCCGACACACAGUGGACCAGAGUCGCUGGGGGGCCUUCGACCGGGACACCGUGGUCACCAUGUCUGGAGAUGACCACCCACGAGCAUUUGUCCUAGAUGAGUGUCAAAACUUGAUGUUCUGGACCAACUGGAACGAGCAGUCCCCGAGCAUCAUGCGAGCUCAGCUGUCCGGUGCCAACGUGCUGGUGAUCAUCGGCACAGACAUCCGCACACCCAACGGUCUGGCAAUCGACCACCGUUCUGAGAAGCUCUACUUCACAGACGCCACGCUGGACAAGAUUGAGCGCUGUGAAUACGAUGGCAGCCACCGCUACGUGCUUCUAAAGAAUGAGCCUGUGCACCCUUUCGGCCUCGCGGUGUACGGUGACCACAUCUUCUGGACAGACUGGGUGCGCAGGGCAGUGUUGCGUGCAGGCAAGUACAGUGGUGCCGACAUGAAGGUCCUGCGCGCAGACAUUCCCCAGCAGCCGAUGGGAAUCAUUGCUGUGGCCAACGACACCAACAGCUGCGAGUUCUCACCCUGCAGAGUGAACAACGGAGGAUGUCAGGACCUGUGCAUGCUGUCAUCCGAGGGCAGAGUUAACUGCAGUUGCCGUGGAGACAGAAAACUCCUGCAGGACAAUACUUGCGUUGCACCGAACACUUCCUGCAACAGUAUAGAUGAUUUUGAGUGUGGGAACGGAGACUGUAUAAACUACACCCUCACAUGUGAUGGAAUGACUCACUGCAAAGACAAGUCAGAUGAGAAGCAGUCCUACUGCACUAACCGUGUCUGCAAGCAGGGGUUCAAGCGGUGUGUGAAUGGCCGUUGUGUCAGACAUGGCUCCUGGUGUAAUGGUCAUGAUGACUGUGGAGAUAACUCAGAUGAGCUCCUGUGCAACGCUACUGUGUGCACACCGGACCAGUUCCAGUGCAGAGAUGGGAGAUGCAUCUCCAACUCCACCCGCUGCAACCAGGUUGUGGACUGUGAAGACGCCAGUGAUGAGAUUAAUUGCACUAGCACAGACUGUUCCAGCUACUUCCGUCUGGGAGUAAAGAGAGCGACCUUCCAGAGGUGUAAGUUCACCUCGCUGUGCUAUGCCCUGGCGUGGGUGUGUGAUGGCGCCAACGACUGCGGUGAUUUCUCAGAUGAGACCAACUGCCCAGGUCCCAAGAAGUCAAAGUGUCCGUCCAGCUUCUUUGCGUGUCCCAGUGGGCGCUGCAUUCCUAUGAGCUGGAUCUGUGACAAGGAGAAUGACUGUGAGCAUGGAGCUGAUGAAGAAAACUGUGAUAAAGUCUGCACAGCGUCACAGUUUGAAUGUGCAAACCAUCGCUGUAUCUCCAGCACCUGGGUGUGUGACGGGGCAGACGACUGCGGCGACAACACGGAUGAGGGCAGUAGAUGCAAGAACAAGACCUGCGGUGCGGACGCUUUCCAGUGUCCAGACUCCCACAAGUGUGUGCGGCAGCACUGGGUGUGCGAUGGUGACCGCGACUGCCCCAGCGGGGCGGACGAGAGUAUCAAGGCCGGCUGUGUUUUCAACAACACCUGUGAGGCGUCAGAGUUUAUGUGCCGUAACAGGCAGUGCAUCCCCAAACAUUUCGUGUGCGACCAUGACAACGACUGUGGUGAUGGCUCGGAUGAGUCUGUGGAGUGUGAGUACCCCACCUGCAAGCCUAACGAGUUCCGCUGCGCUAACGGGCGCUGCCUGAUCCAAAGCUCCUGGCAGUGUGACGGGGAAUUUGACUGUCAUGACCAGUCUGACGAAGCCCCCAAAAACCCAAAUUGCAGCGGGCCAGAGAAACAGUGCAAUGACACAGCCUAUGCCUGCACUAAUGGAAAGUGUGUUAACGAGACACUGCUGUGUGACCACAAGGAUGACUGUGGAGAUGGCUCGGACGAGUUGAACUGCUUCGUUAACGAGUGUUUGAACAGCAAACUGAGCGGCUGUUCUCAGCUCUGCGAGGACCUGAAGAUCGGCUUCAAGUGCAGGUGUCACACUGGCUUCCGGCUGAAGGACGACGGGAAGACGUGUGUGGAUGUGGAUGAAUGCUCGAGCACGUUCCCCUGCACACAGCACUGUAUCAAUGCACACGGAAGCUUCCGCUGUGUGUGUGCCGACGGCUACCAGCUCAGUCCCUCGGACAGGACUGUCUGCAAGUCCAUGUCUGAUGAGGAGCCCUUCCUGAUCUUUGCCAAUCGAUAUUACCUAAGGAAGCUCAACCUGGAUGGUUCCAAUUACACCCUCUUAAAGCAGGGCCUGAACAAUGCUGUAGCUCUGGAUUUUGAUUACCUCCAUCAGAUGAUCUACUGGACUGAUGUGACAACUCAGGGAAGCAUGAUCAGGCGCAUGCACAUUAAUGGCAGCGAUGUUCAGGUCCUGCACCGCACAUCACUCAGCAACCCUGAUGGUCUGGCUGUUGAUUGGGUAGGAGGCAAUCUGUACUGGUGUGAUAAGGGGCGGGACACAAUCGAGGUGUCGAAGCUGAACGGAGCCUUCAGGACUGUACUGGUCAACACUGGACUGCGUGAGCCAAGAGCAGUGGCUGUGCAUGUCCGCAAUGGGUACCUGUACUGGUCAGAUUGGGGCGAUACUCCUCACAUUGGCCGCAUCGGGAUGGAUGGUACCAAUCGGAGCGUGAUUGUGGACCAGCAGAUCACCUGGCCCAACGGACUUACCCUGGACUUCAUCAAUGACCGCAUCUACUGGGCUGACGCCAGGGAGGAUUACAUCCAAUUCGCCAACCUUGAUGGCACCAACCGACACAUGGUUCUGAAUCAGGACAUCCCGCACAUCUUUGCCAUGACUCUGUUUGAAGAGUUCAUCUACUGGACCGACUGGGAGACCAAGUCCAUCAACAGAGCCCACAAGACCCGGGGCACCAACAAGACCAUGUUGAUCAGCACCCUACACAGGCCCAUGGACAUACACAUCUACCAUCCCUACAGGCAACCUGAGGUGGUGAACCACCCGUGCCAGAGGGACAAUGGCGGAUGCAGUAACCUUUGCCUGCUCUCCCCGGGUGGUGGCUACAGGUGUGCCUGCCCUACCAACUUCUACCUGGCGGCGGACGGGAAGCAGUGUCUUUCCAACUGCACUGCCAGCCAGUUCGUGUGCAAAAAUGACAAGUGCAUUCCAUUCUGGUGGAAGUGUGACACCGAGGACGACUGCGGCGACAGGUCGGACGAGCCGGCAGACUGCCCGGAGUUUAAGUGUCGUCCAGGCCAGUUCCAGUGUGGUACAGGAAUCUGCACCAACCCAGCCUACAUCUGUGACGGAGACAAUGACUGCCAGGACAACUCGGACGAGGCCAACUGCGAUAUCCACGUGUGUCUGCCCAGUCAAUUUAAGUGCAACAAACCCAGCCGCUGCAUUCCAGGCAUCUUCCGUUGUAACGGCCAGGACAACUGUGGGGAGGGAGAAGAUGAGCGAGAUUGUCCGGAGGUGACAUGUGCUCCGAAUCAGUUCCAGUGCACUAUCACCAAGCGCUGUAUCCCGCGGGUGUGGAUGUGUGACCGGGAUAAUGACUGCGUGGACGGCUCUGAUGAACCUGCAAACUGCACUCAGAUGACAUGUGGUGUGGAUGAGUUUCGCUGUAGGGACUCUGGCCGCUGCAUUCCGGCCCGAUGGAAAUGUGAUGGAGAAGAUGACUGUGGAGACUCAUCAGAUGAACCUAAGGAAGAGUGUGAGGAGCGAACAUGCGAGCCCUAUCAGUUUCGCUGUAAGAAUAAUCGCUGCAUCCCAGGCCGCUGGCAUUGUGACUACGACAAUGACUGUGGUGACAACUCUGACGAAGACAAGUGCGCUCCGAGGCAGUGUUCAGAGAGUGAGUUUGCCUGUAGUAAUGGCCGCUGUAUCGCUGGAAGAUGGAAAUGUGAUGGUGACCAUGACUGUACUGAUGGGUCAGAUGAGGAUGGGUGUGUUGUGAAGUGUGACAGUGAUCAGUUUCAGUGUAAGAACGGUCACUGUAUUCCUUUCCGCUGGAGAUGUGAUGCUGACAUGGAUUGUAUGGAUGGCAGUGAUGAGGAGACUUGUGACAUUGGAGUGGUUCGCCAGUGCCCCCUGGAUGAGUUCCAGUGUAAUAACACACUGUGUAAGCCACUGGCCUGGAAGUGCGAUGGAGAGGAUGACUGUGGCGAUAACUCAGAUGAGAGGCCUGAGGAAUGCAAGCGGUUCCAGUGUCCCCCAACCAGGCAGUUCCGUUGCCAUAAUGACCGUGUGUGUGUGCCAGUGUUCAAACAGUGUGACGGUGUUGACAGCUGUGGAGAUAACAGUGAUGAACUCAACUGCCAGACUGCAGUUCUGCCCUGCCAGAAGGACGAGUUCACCUGCAGUAACGGCCGCUGCAUCAGUGCCACCCUGCGCUGUAACUUUUUCAACGACUGUGAGGACUACGGCUCUGAUGAGAUUAACUGCAAUAAGAAGGACACAAGGUUAAAUGAGUGUCAUCACAACAGAAGUGUUUGUGGGGACGGGGAUGAGUCCCACUGUGUAGUGAAUGGCACAGAUUCCUUCUGCUCCUGCAAGCCAGGUUUUCAGAAAACAGCCCAGCAAACCUGCACAGAUGUGAAUGAGUGCAGUCAGUUUGGCACCUGCUCCCACAUCUGCAGCAACACCAAAGGGUCCCACAAGUGCAGCUGUCACAGACACUUCACCAAGGUGAACAGCAGCUGCAUAGCAGACGUUUUUCAGGUUCUGUAUGUAGCGGCUGAUAAUGAGAUUCGUAGCCUGUAUAACGAGACGGGCCGAUGGGUGUAUGAGCAAGCCUUCCUGGGCGAUGCCAACGUACGCAUCGAUGCCAUGGAUGUGCAUGUCAAGUCCAAGCGCAUCUUCUGGACCAACUGGCACACAGCCAGGAUCUCUGUCUUCGACAGUUCUGGAGGACCCACCUCACCAAACUCCGAGCGCAGCCGCAGGCAGAGUGACACCAGAGUGACCGAUCUAGAGAUCCCGGGCCUGAAGAUGCCCCGGGGCAUCGCCGUUGACUGGGUGGCUGGGAACAUCUACUGGACCGACUCGGGGAGGGACGUGAUAGAGGUCGCUCAGAUGAACGGCCACAGUCGCAAGACUCUCAUCUCAGGCAUGAUCGAUGAGCCCUAUGCCAUUGUGGUGGACCCACUGAGAGGGACCAUGUACUGGGCAGACUGGGGAAACCAUCCUAAGAUUGAGACUGCAGCCAUGGAUGGCACUAUGAGAGAGACACUGGUGCAUGAGAACAUCCAGUGGCCCACAGGUCUGGCCGUGGAUUACUUUAAUGAGCGUCUGUAUUGGGCUGACGCUAAGCUCUCCGUGAUUGGCAGCAUCAGGCUGAAUGGAACAGAUCCAGUCAUAGCCGUCACCAGUAUUAAGAACAAACUACAACACCCCUUCAGUAUCGAUGUCUUUGAGGACUAUAUCUAUGGCAUCACCUACCACAACAACAUUGUUUUCCGGGUGAACAAGUUUGGCCGUGGUAACGUGGAGGGUCUGUCCACUGGCAUGAACCAUGCUACAGACUUAGUGCUGUACCACAACUACAAACAGCUAGAAGUGCCGAACCCGUGUGACAGGAAGAAGUGUGAGUGGUUAUGUCUGCUCAGUCCCAGUGGACCUGUGUGCACCUGCCCUAACGGUCACACGCUGAACAACGGCACCUGUGUGGAGAGCCCUACACCCACCACCGCCUCGCCAGGUGGACCGUGCACACUACAGUGUCUCAAUGGUGGCAGCUGUGUCCUGAAUGCCAGGAAACAUCCCAAGUGCCGCUGCCAGCCAAACUACGGAGGUGACAGGUGUGAAAUUAAUCAGUGCAGAGAUUACUGCCAGAACGGAGGCAUGUGUACAGCAUCACCCACAGGUGCUCCUACGUGUCGAUGUGUGGCAGGUUUCACCGGUCCUACCUGCAGUUUGCACACCUGCCACAACUACUGCCAGAAUGGAGGAAACUGCACUGUUAAUCGUGGCAACCAACCCACCUGCAGCUGCCCAGCCGACUUUCUGGGAGAUCAGUGCCAAUACCGAGGGUGUGAUGGCUUCUGUGAGCAUGGGGGCGUGUGUCUGCAGUCCAGCGAUGGUUCCAGGCAGUGUCGCUGUCUGCCGCGCUUCAUUGGUAAAAACUGCGAGUUGGACAAGUGUCAAUACUGCCAUGGCGGCAAGUGCAUCCCCACCAAAAUCUACCAGCCCCAAGGGGACGUCACAUGCAGCUGUGCUAAUGACCAAAUCCAGCCCAGCUGCUACACCUGUGCCGGGUACUGUUCCAAUGGACAGUGUUCUCUCAGCCCUGCAUAUCUUCCUCAGUGCAAGUGUGCAGCAGGCUGGGAGGGGCUUCGCUGUGACAGUCGCUCCCCCGGCACCAGUGCAGAGUCUGCCAGCCACACAGCAUCCAUAAUCAUUCCUGUGAUACUUCUGGUGUUGCUGGUGUUGCUGAUUGGUGGAGCCAUUUUAUGGUACAGAAAGAGAAUACAAGGAGCUAAAGGGUUCCAACACCAGAGAAUGACGAACGGAGCCAUGAAUGUGGAGAUUGGCAACCCAGCUUAUAAAAUCUAUGAAGGGGAACCAGAUGAUGACGCGGGAGAGCUUCUCGAUUCUGAUUUCACACUGGAUCCUGACAAACCAACUAACUUCACAAACCCUGUGUAUGCCACACUGUACAUGGGAGGCCAGGCUAGCCACAGCUCUCUGGCCAGCACAGACGAGAAGAGAGAGCUACUGACACGAGGAGAUGAUGAGCCGCUGCUGGAACCCCUGGUCUAGAGCACUCACGCUCAGCCCUUAGCAUUGGAAAACACCCCCUAGGCCUUUUAGUAAAGAAAACAACGACAAACAACAAAUAAACCAUCCCAGGAGGAGAAUCAGCAACAAAGUGUAAACACUGUAUAAAAUGUACAAAAUGAAGGAC